AUGCUAAAAACUUUUAAUAUAUUAAAGCGUAAUACGCAGCUGCUCAAGAAUGAAGUUCGAUUUUAUAGUUCUAAAAAAAACAAAGUAGAAAAAAAUAAAGAAAAUAAAUAUAACUUGUGGAGAUGGGGAUGCUCAGGUGAUAGUUUAUUUUCUUCAAUGCAAGCGGGAGAAAAAUAUCCAUUUCCCGAAAAAGUUCGAAAUUUCGAAAAUAAACAAAUUAAUAAGUUAUCAGCGGGUUGCAAUCAUGCAGCCUUUAUAGUUGAUGGAAAAAUUUAUACAUAUGGAUUAAAUGAUAAAGGGCAAUUAGGUAGAACAUUGUCAAGUGAAGGGGGGAAAGAAAGCAAAAUUUCUUUAACGCCAGAAGAAAUAGAAUUAGAUGAUAACAAUAUAAAAUUUAAAGAUGUGUGUUGUGGAUAUAAGCAUACACUGGCGGUUGAUGAAAAUAAUGAUUUAUAUAGUUGGGGAUGGGGUGGUAAUUUUUUUAAAGGAGCUAGUGGAUUAGGACAAGGAAAUAAAAAUAAUUUAAUGAAACCCAAAAAAAUAGAAGCAUUUAAUAAUGAUAAUUCUGAAUUUAUAAAUAUAUGUUGUGGUGAACAACAUAGUUUAGCUUUAACAAAGAGUGGAAAAGUCUAUGGAUGUGGGAAGGGAGAAUUUGGUAGAUUAGGUAAAGGAAAUCAUGGAGAUCAAUUAUUUUUUGAAGAAAUUGAUUUUUUUGUUAAUAAUAAUAUUAUUAUUAAAGAUAUAGCAUGUGGUAACAGUUUUUCAGCGGCUUUAUCAAAUAAUGGUGAAGUAUAUGUUUGGGGAAGAAAUGAUUAUGGACAAUUAGGUAUUGAAAAUAGUAUAGGAGAUUUAUAUUCACAUGAAGUUUAUCCAAAUAAAGUUAAAUAUUUUGAAAUUGAAAAUAUAAAAAUAAAAUUAAUUGCAUGUGGAGAUAAUCAUAUGAUUGCUUGUUCAGAAAGUAACAUUAUUUAUUUUUGGGGUUCAAGAGCAUGGCUAGAACCAAAAGCUAUUACUCUAAAUCCAAAAUAUCAAAAUAGUUUAAUAAAAAAAAAUAUUGAUAAAAUACAAGCAGGUGGAAACACCUACUAUUAUUCUAUGUUACUUUCAGACAAUAAAUUAUAUUCAUGGGGAAAAUAUAAUUCUUCAUGCUUAGCUUUAGGGGACAAAAAAAAUCACAACGAGCCUACACUUGUUGAUUCGGAUUUAUUUGAUAAUGAAAUUAUUUGUGAUAUAUCAUGUGGCCAUGGAAGAGUAUUGGCUAAAACACUAGCCAAUGCUUAA